GCACACAGCCAGCGGUCGUCAUCAAAUUCACCGAUUGCUGUAUCGGCGACACAUAGCGAAAGGAGAAAAAUUGAGCUCACGAAGAUGGAUAUAGAAAGGUUCGCUGAUUUAGGCGAGGAAGACCGCUUGCGUCGGCGUUUACUCGAAAAACGAGAAAGAGAAGCGAAACAUAGCGAUGAUGAAGAGAUGUUUACCAUACAACCAAAAAAGCCCAGGAGCGAGAAACCAGAUAAGCCCGAAAAACUUGAGAAACCCCGAGAAAAGCAUCGUGACAGGGAAAGAAGGGAUCGAGAACGAGAAGGCGACAAACAGAAGCAUAAGCACGGAGAUCGUCGAGAUCGAGACAGGGAUAGAGAAAGAAAUGAGGAGAAACACAAGAAGAAGCAUGAUGUAUGUACCAGCUUGGAGGUUUCUAUUUUUUUCAAGCUCCAAAUCAUCAUUUAG